AUGGUCCUUGUGGUGUUGCUGCUCAUUCGGCUUCCUCAUAUGGCAUGCAAGGCUCCCGUUAAAUGCAGGGUCCAGUAUCCACACAGUCCACUGCACAAAUACCAUCGGAAAGGAGACCUCAUCAUUGGUGUCAUUGCCUCUCAAAGUUUCAUCGUGUCCAGCUCAAUAUCAUUCACUGAAAUACCACCUCCAGUAUCAGCUGAAGAGUUGAUAGUAGUACCUAAAAAUUACCAGCAUAUCUUGGCCUUGGAAUUUGCAGUAAAGGAGAUCAAUGAAAACCCUCAGCUCUUACCCAAUGUCACUUUGGGUUUCGACAUCUAUGACAGUCAUUUUACUGCAAUGAGGACCUAUCAUGCCACCAUGUUACUCAUGUCCACAUUGGAGAGAUUUUUCCCUAACUAUGUAUGUGACACCCCGAAUAACCUAAUAGCUGUCAUUGGAGGACUGGACUCUGAAACCUCCCUUCAUGUGGCAAAUAUCUUGGAUAUCUACAAGAUGCCCCAGGUCCAUCAUUCCCUGAGAACUGUCUCAUUUAACAACAGUGCUGGGGACACAAUUUCUUUUGACAAGAAUGGAGAGCUAGUGGCUAGAUUUGAUGUCAUCAACUGGAUUUUUUCGUCAAACCAAACUAAACAGAAAAUUGGCCAGUUAGAUCCUGAGGCUCUUUCAGACCAAGUGUUCACUAUCAAUGAGGAUGUCAUAAUUUGGCACAGCUGGUUUAACCAGACUCGUCCACUCUCAGUUUGUACUGACAGCUGCCAUCCUGGUUUUAGCAAGAAAGUGAAGGAGGGGAAACCAUUUUGCUGCUAUGAUUGCAUUCCAUGUCCAGAAGGGAAGAUUUCAGCCCAUGAGGACCUGAGCGACUGUUAUGAAUGCACAGAUGAAACUUUUCCAAAUAAAAAUCAGGAUCUAUGCAUUCCCAAGCGCAUCAGCUACUUGACUUUUGGAGAACCUUUGGGGAUCAUCUUAGCCUCUUUUGCUCUUUGCCUUUUUUUGAUCACAGCUUUGGUGCUGGGAAUAUUUGUCAAGUGGAAGGAUACUCCCAUUGUCAAAGCCAACAACCGGAACCUCACCUACACCCUUCUCGUUUCACUUCUGCUCUGUUUCCUGAGUGCUCUGCUAUUUAUUGGCAAGCCUCACAUUGUGACAUGUUUCUUCCGGCAAACUGCUUUUGGCAUCAUCUUCUCAGUGGCUGUUUCUUGUGUGUUGGCAAAAACCAUCACAGUAGUUCUGGCUUUCCUGGCCACCAAACCAGGAUCCAGGAUGAGGAAAUGGGUGGGGAAAGGACUGGCAAACACCAUUGUGUUUUCUUGCUCCUUUGUUCAAGUAGGCCUCUGCAUCAUGUGGCUGGUAGCCAAUCCUCCAUUCCCAGAUGUUGACAUGCACUCAUUGACUGAACAAAUUGUACUAGAAUGUAAUGAGGGAUCGGUGACUAUGUUUUACUGUGUUCUGGGCUACAUGGGGCUCCUGGCCUUUGUGAGCUUUACUGUGGCUUUCCUUGCCAGAAGGUUGCCUGACAGUUUCAACGAAGCCAAGUUUAUCACUUUCAGUAUGUUACUUUUUUGCAGUGUUUGGUUAUCCUUUAUUCCAUCCUACCUGAGCACUAAGGGGAAGUACAUGGUAGCAGUGGAGAUCUUUUCUAUCUUAGCCUCCAGUGCUGGGUUGCUAGGUUGCAUCUUUUCCCCCAAAUGUUACAUUAUUUUGCUGAGACCAGAGCUGAACAACCGGGAACAGCUAAUAAGAAGGAAACCUUGA